AUGAGCGAAACACCCCGUCUACGGUCCUCUUAUCCUCCAAGUCCAGGAAGCAAUGCAAAAACUACAAAUGUGCUUGCCGAUAGCGACAAGGUUAAACCUCUGCUUCCAGAACUACCAGAUGCAUCAAAAGUUAUAACCACUAGCUCACCAGUGAUACCAGUGCAUCUUAUUGAUGCUCCAAGUCAGCGCAUGUACACAUCUGUGGUUUACAUAGCUUUGCUGGCGUACCGUCUUUCUGACUGGUGGUCCAUAAUAGAAGAAGAUACGACUUCAAUUGCUCUUUUUGUCAAAUGGUGCUUCAUAGAUCUAAUAUUUCUGUUUGGUAUACCAUUCCUUCGGAUACCUUGGCUAGAAUGGUCAGACACUACAUCUGUUCUAGCUUGUCUGGUUCACAUAUUCAUCAAUGGGAUAUUAAUGUUCCGUAUUCAACUUCCUAUUGAAGGGUGGUUAGUUAUUCUUGUAAAAUCAGUCUUCGAUCGUGAGAUUUCUAUUUCGGAAAGUAGCAUUCGGCCAUCAAAUAUAUUACACAACACAUCACUCAUUAUGGGAAAACAAAUCAUAAACAUACUCCCAGAAGGGUCCGCCGUGAUGAACCCUGAUCAAUCACCAUUUUGUAUAGACGCUAACCAUCCAACUGCAAGUAUACCAAUUUAUUUUAAUCAGACAAUACCUAAAAAUAUAGAACUUCUUAGGAUUGACUUCGAAACAAAUUUGAAUGAGACAAUAAAACUCUCACAGAGAGAAGUAAAAAACUCAAUAAAACAGUAUGACGAAAAUGUCCUUUCUAUACACUACUUGGCUAAAAAACCUGGGCUAUAUCGUCUGUAUAAAAUCACUGAUAAAUCAAAGCUAGAAGUUCAGCGGAGAAUGUCGGACACAUUAGUGGUCCGGUGUCCACGAGCGAUCAUAAAAUCUACCUUCAGCGAUAAAUGUCUUGGUGAUCUCUCUGACAUCAAUAUUGAAAUAGAGGGUACACCGCCUUUGAGGGUUAUGUAUAGCCGCACGGCAAAUGGCGAUAAGAGUAUACAUCAUUUCCAAAGUAUACAACCUGAAAACUUUGACUCACCCCUCAUCAAUGUACAGGAUAAUAACUUAGGGUCUCAAUCUGGGACUAAUAUCUCUUGGGGAAAACCUCAUCAUAUCACUGUUCCUCUCAACGAAACUAUGAUGACCGCUGGAAUGUGGACUUAUUCUAUUGAUCAGAUCCACGAUGCUGUUGGAAAUAUUGCCAACUUUUCCAACGGACAAGGCGAUGAUGUAGAGCUUGUCUAUUCUAAAGGCAUUCAAUUACAACAAGAAUUCACUGUUCGUGAACGGCCUGUGGCUUACCUUCAACAAUGUGACUCCCGGAAACCUUUGAUGGUCGCUACUGGAGAAUCAAAGGAGAUGCCAAUCGAAUAUGAGACAGCCCCCCUUAAAAACCUCGAGAAACAGAUCACCGAUACAUCUCAUGUAAUAACUUGGAAAUUUUCUCCGCUACAUACUUUGACAAAAACUGGUGAUCAUGGAGACGAUCUCAUCGUUCAAGAAUACUUUGCUAAAUCAUCUCGCCAACAUCCAACAAUACAUGAAACCGGACUUUAUACUCUCGUUGGAGUUAGAAGCAAAUACUGCGAGGGCACUGUAAAAGAGCCAUCUUCUUGUUUACUUCUCAACCCUCCUGAGCCUGAACUGGCUAUACAGGCUGAAGGAAUCAGCGAUAAUUGUGCCGGAAAUUCGAUUGGUUUACUUGUUGAUUUAGAUCUCAUUGGAUCACCACCAUUUAUCGUAACUUAUGAAGUGACUAGUCACACUGGCACCUCUACGAAUUACGUAGAAGUAAGUGGCCUUCGACACCAACUAGAAUUAAAACCAACGAACGCUGGUCAUUUUAAAUAUCAAUUUGUAUCAAUCGACGACCAGGUGUAUAAAAAACGUAGUUUACGAAAUAAAGGAUUAGUUCUGGAACAGGAUGUCAAACCACCUGCAUCUGCUGAAUUAAUCAUACCAAAGGCUACCAUAGAUGCUUGUGUUGAAGAGCCUAUCGAAAUGAAAGUCAGACUAUCAGGCGAGAGCCCAUUUAUUUUAGAGUAUGAGAUGAUACAUGAUGGGAAAAGAAAGAAAUCAAGAGUUUUGGACAUUGAACCAUCCAUCUAUACUAUUAAGACAGAGCCAUUACUUAAAGGGGGAGAAUAUACUUUAGCCAUUACGAGUGUUCAGGACCUUACUGGCUGCAAAAUUUUUGUAAACAGUGAAGCAAGAUUUACCGUUCGACGUCAACGACCAAAAGCUGCUUUUGGCAGAGUAGACGGGGGCUUUAAAAUUAUUUCAGUUGAAGGAAAAGAUGUCGAAAUUCCCCUUCGCCUAACCGGACAAGCACCUUGGACUCUUAAAUAUCGAUUAAGUGGGGGCUCGACCAACAAAACAAUGGAGAAAAUAGCAACCUCAACUAACGAUGUGAUCAAAAUUAACCAGGGAGGUAAAAUUGAAAUUAUAGGAGUCUCAGAUGAUCAGUGUCCUGGAAAUGUAGAUUCUGCAGCAUCUACAUUUGAAGUAGAUUGGUUUCCAAGACCUCGAUUAGCUCUCUCAGACUCUAAUUCUAUUGUUUUAGAUGGAAACAAAUAUACUAAGCGUGAAGUUUGUGAGGGAGAUGUUGACACAAUUAAAGCUAACCUUAUUGGAUCUCCUCCUUUCAAUGUUAAGUAUCAAGUUCGUCAAGCAUCCUUACCAGGCUCAGAUAUCAUUAUAAAUAAAGAAUUUGAGGCUGCCCUCGGAUCUGUAAUCAUUUCACUUGAUACUAGUAAAGCCGGAACAUACGAGUACAAAUUCUUAGAGCUUUCUGAUGCGUUAUACGACCAUGAUGAGCGGCGGUUUAGCCCAAUUAUUCUUGAACAAAAAGUGAACCGAAAACCCGCAGCGCACUUCACCCAACCAGGACAGUCUUACAAAUACUGCGAGGAAGAGCUUGACGGCGAUGAAAUUAUACCCAUUAAACUUGAAGGGAUUCCCCCUUUUAGCAUUGAGGUAGAUAUCAAACACCAGAGAAGUUCACGUCCAGAAACGGUGAAGGUUGCAAAUAUAGAGACAAAUGAAUAUGAGUUUAAGAUUCCUCACCGUGUUCUCUCUCUCGGAAUCCAUCACGUUAAUAUCAGGAAAGUACGAGACUCGCGUGGAUGUCAGCAAAAGACAGACCAUGGCGCGCCUCAUGUUCAGGUACAAGUAUAUGAUACUCCUACCAUUCAUCCCCUAGACUCUCGUGAAGAUUUUUGUGUUGGCGAACGAAUUUCUUACACUCUGUCGGGCGUUGCACCCUUUGAAGUAUUUUACGAGUUUGAGGGAAUACAACGAAGAGCUAAAGCCACAGGAACUACAUUCAAGCGUUUCGCUGAAAAGCCUGGUAUUUUUACAAUUACUGGUGUGACGGAUAAGGCUAGUGAAUGCAAAGCGCAUACAAGGGUCCGAAAAAUAAUACACGCUAUGCCUAGUGUCAAAAUAAGUAAAGGUCGACAAAUAGAGGUUGACAUUCAUGAGGGUGCAGAAGCUGAAAUACAGUUUGAAUUUUGGGGAACUCCACCCUUUGAAUUUACGUACACAAGAAGCACAAACGCUCGCAAAGGGCACAAGUCACAGGUUUUAGAGACUAGGCAUGAAGUUUCUGACGAGUACAGCAAAAAUAUACGAUCAUCUCAGGAAGGAACAUAUGAGGUAGUGGCAAUCAGAGACAAAUACUGCUCUUUCUCUAUUCAAAAAGAUGAACAUAAAUACAUAUAG